AUGGAGCCAAUUCCACGUGUUGAGAUUUCUUCUAACAAAUCAUAUGCCUCGUCAAGUGACAGACUCUCGUCCCUUAGAGAUUUUAGUGACUCUCAAGGAACCCUGCGACCAUCAUGGUUGCGACUCAUGGAUCAUCCCGAUAUUUACAGUCAUAUGGGAUUUUGGGGGAAUUUAAAUUCAAAGCCUGCAACACGAUUAACGCCAAAUACACAGUUCACCAACCCAUUUACUGUCAGCCGCAUCGACUCAACAGAUUUCUCUCAUAUUAAAACCGACAUAGAAUCUAAAGAUGGGUACAAAAACACUAGUGACAGUUCUGGAUCAUGGACGCUAGAAACUAGCCAAAAACCUACACCACAUCGACGACGUAAUGCCAUAUUUAUUUUCUUGUUAACAGUGGCAUUUUUUGGUAUCAUUGCUCUCGCCACUACUACCGCUUUAUACAGUAUUACCAACACUGAUUCAGAUGCUUUAAAAUCAACUCUAGGAAACUCAGGAAACAUAACUGGAGAGGACACCAGUAAAGCGGUAAUUGGUAUUGACACAUCUACCUUCUCAACAGCUGCAGUUAGCAGCACGCACAUGGUGGAUGAAGGCUCAAUAUUAACUUUAGAUCAUAGUUAUUUCCCUAUAUCCUCUAGUUAUCCAUCCGUGGAAUCAUCAUCUGUGAUCAAUAUUGUUCACACCGACUAUCUACCUGAUGUUGUCGAUAUUGGACAGAAGACUAUGGUGCCUCAAGGUCCUUUCGUAAUAUCCAGCAGUGAAAUGUGGAUUUCCGAUUCCAUGGUUGAGACAAACACACCAUCAUUUAUAACAGACAUGACACACUACACUCUUCCAUAA